GGAUACCGACGCGUCGAAUAGGAUCCUGCGUAGCCUGGAGUACAUAGUCACCCGCCGAAAUGACGGGGACAAUCUCCUCGGGAUAUCCAAUGAGUUGCUUGCCCAGUCUUUUCGCUGUACUAGCCAUGGUGCCAAGAUGUUACAUGUACUGGAGCGCCCUUAUAUACGCAUACAUAUUGGAUAACGUUCCUGCCCCAGUGAGAUACCUUCUGUCCGAGGAAACGUACAUGCGGUGGAGGACAGACCCGUUAGAUUCGGUAAAGCUGGAAAAAGAAAUAGAUACGCACGAAGCCUCGAACAUGUUGCAAUAGAAAGAUGCGAUAAAGGGAAUGUCGCGCUGAGGGAUCACGAACGCCGUUAGUAAAGCACGUUUGGCAGCAUGUUGUAGUUCGGGAAUCGCGACGCU